AUUGUUCAGUUCAGUUUUUCAAUUGACCAUUCAGAAGAUGACCUGCGAAGUCUACGAUUGCUGACAGGUGUAGAAAAAAAGAGAGGAGAAAAUAGAAUAUAAUUGAAUAAGGGAGGAAAUUGGAACUACAAAACGGAAAUAAUUUUCUUUCUCUCAAUUAAAGUAAAAAGUAAAGAAAGCGACCGAUAAAUAGGGAGGAGUAGAAGAAGAAGAAGAAGAAGAAGAAGAAGAAGAAGAGAAAGAAUUAGCAAAAAGUGUGAAAGAAUAAUAAUUUCUCCUGUUGUCUCUGCCACAACGUUUGGGAAUAAAAUAAAAGAGUGCAAUUUUAUUGACAAUGAUCAAUAAAUAAAUAAAUAAUUAAAGGGAAUUAUGAAGAUAGGAAUUUCAACAAUUAAUUAAGGAAUAUAUUGAAUAAACAAGAAGAGUGAAAGUUAUCUUAUAUCCUUCAAUUUAUUAUAUAAAAUGCUUUAUUUGUUUGAAUGAAAAAUCAUAAAAAUAGAAAUAUGUCGUUAUAUUACGACGUUGUGGAUUUAUCCUACAUAACUGAAGAGGAACGUGAUAUAAUCUUAUCUGUAAUCAGCCGAGAUGAGAUUUUAAGAGAGGCCGAUUAUAAACGCGUAAGAAAACUUGAAUCUGAAGAAAGAAUUUCGGAAUCAAGAAAAAAAGAAAAAACUACACAGAAUGUGGGAAGUCGGGCUUGUCAGAAAUGCGAAGAGACUCUAGGAGUGUUACUUAAUCGGGGUGAAAACUGUCCAGUAUGCAGUUGUCUUGUAUGCAAUUUUUGUCGUGAAAGGGUUUCAAUUAAGGGAAAAUAUAAAUGGAUUUGUCGGCAAUGCUAUAAACAACGGCAAUUUGAUGCAAAAUCUGGAAGAUGGUUCUACUCCAAACUUGUCACAGUACCUGUCAAUCCCAAGACAAAUAAACCGGUUUCGGGUAGUGAGAUAGUUAAAACUUUAUUGAACAAGUCUGAAGCAGAGAAACUGGAGGGAAAUCAUCAAAUGAAUGGAGCCGCUACUGUUACAGACGAAUUGAAACGUGCUUUAGCCACCGUUUCCGGAGGAAAUGAGAGCCCUUCACCCCAACCUUCACCGUCUCCCUCCAAUAGGUUAAAUUCGACAAAUGUCGCCUUCCCGAAAGAGUCUGACAAACAAAAAUUAGGCUAUCUCUUGCGUACUGCAUCAGCUGGAUCAUCAAUUACAUCAUCAACAGCUGGUGACGAGGAGACUGUGACCAGAAGGAAAAUUGUUAGAAGGAAAUCUAGUACCUCUUCCGAAGAAGAUAUUUCGGUUGCAUCAAGGUCUUCAAAAGGUGAGUUGCCCAACUCGAGGUCGGGCGUGGCGGCGAGCGUCGGAAGAAAAUUACACAAGGUCGAGGAUGAGAAUAAAAAUAUAAAAUAUAUUUCUAUUGUGGAGGCAGUAAGCAGAUUAGAUUCAAAUGUGUCUGAGAAGAAAGUCGAUACAAACUUUUCAUCUUCGUCAACGCCAUUAGAAACCGUCUCUGAACCUAACCUCACCCGUAACUAUUCGGGUAAGAUUUCCACCGAGUUUGCUUGUAUUCCAAUUAUAGAGGACAAAGUUCUUGUUGUCUUGCCUGGAAGCGAUGACGAAGAAACACUAAGUGUUAUAGAAGAGGUAACGGAACCCGAAGAUCGCUAUUCUAGCGAUUCAUCAACGCCUACAGCAUCAAAGUAUGGCGAUGAUACAUUAAGCGACAUAGUUGCAAUUAAUGAGCGUUUAGAUUUAGAUAAUGAUAUAGAUUUUAUAUACGAAAACAAUAAGCGAUUACAAUAUUUAAAGAGGUUAAAGGCCAAAAAAGGCAAUAAACAAAUUUCGAGGAUAGCAGCCGAUGUCAGGUCUAUAGCAUCAACUGAUUAUAUGGCGUCAUCAGAAGACGAAGCGGUUUCUAUAAAAGAUGCCGAGGAUUUCGAUGAAUAUUUCAUGAUGAUGAGAGGUGAAGAUUAUACCGGAAAAUCAAGAACAGAACCGGAUAGCAAAGACAUUGUAACUCAGCAUUAUAGAAACCUGGAGAAGAUUAUGUCAAGCUUUAUGGGUGUGGAUGAACAAGAUGCAACUGAUACCGAAGAAGAUUCCUUUCAAAAGCAGGUCUUGACAUAUAGUAAUCAAGUGCCUUCUGAAAAAUCUCCAACCUCUAUACCCUUAAUCCAACUUCAAGAGGAAAAUCCUGCAACAAAAACUCCUCCUCCAUCGCCAAAUUUACGUAAUCCGUCUUCAACGCCCAACUCACCAGCUACGCCCAGACAAAUACAAAGAAUACAUCCUAAAGCGUCUCCGAACCUAUUAAAUCCAUUAUCAGGCAGUUCAGAGAGCAUAACUUCAUACUAUAGCGAUGUAGGUGAUGGCAAUUGUAAGAAAGUCUCUACAGUUACUGGUGAAAUUCAACUAGCUUUGGAGUAUGAUGCCAAAUCCACUUCAUUAUUGGUGCUGAUUAGAAAAUGUAAAGAUUUGGCUCCUGCCGAUUUAAAAAAGAAUCGAACCGAUCCCUAUGUUAAAACCUAUUUAUUACCAGAUAGAAGUAGAGCUGCCAAACGUAAAACUCAUGUUAGAAAAUCUACCUUUAAUCCGAGCUUUGAUCAAACUCUUAAAUAUUGCGGAAUCACAAAAGGUGAAUUGUCAACUCGGAAAUUGGCAGUUACAGUUUGGCAUGCCGAUUCCUUUGGUAGAAACACGUUCCUUGGUCAAGUGUUGUUAAAUUUAGAUGCUGCUUCUCUUGACCAAAUGGCAAAGUGGUACAAACUACAGGAUAAAACGGCGAUUCUAGGACCAAAUUCACCGUCCCUUUUCUACAGAGGUGACCUUAAAGUUGCCCUGAAAUUUUUAACAACGGCCAAACAAACUCAAGGAAAUGCCAGGGGCGAAUUACACGUGGUAGUUAAAGGCGCCUUUAAUCUAAUACCCGCUAAAUCUAAUGGCACAUCCGAUGCCUUUUGUAAAGCUUAUUUAUUGCCAAGAGGGCGACAUUCUGUUAAACAAAAAACUCCAAUAGCUAAAGGAACAACGUCCCCUUCGUGGAACCAUACGUUUACAUUUACCGAUAUUUGUCUAGAAGACUUGAAGCAAAGAGCUUUAGAAUUAACAAUUUGGCAUCACGAUAAAUUUAGUUCGAAUGACUUUCUCGGAGGUGUCAGAUUGUCUCUAAGUCAUGACGAUGUAGAGUACGGUGCUGAUUGGAUGGACGGAAAAGGCGAAGAAGUGAUGCUGUGGCAAUCGGUAAUUGAUAGGCCGAAUUCAUGGAUAGACGCUUCAGUAACAUUAAGGGAUCAUAUGGACAGCAGGAAAAAGAAGAAUUAAUGAACUAACCCAGAAAUAUUUUUUUAAGAGAGUCUAUUGUGUUGUUGAAUAAAAAGUUGGGAAAUUCUUACUUUUGUGAAACCACACUUCGGUAAUAUUAAUAAUAAUAAUAUAAAUACUAAUAUUAAUAUUCAUAAUAGUAACAAUAAAACAAAAAAUCAGUAAA